AUGGAGCCCGCCGCCGCGGCCACGGUGCAACGACUCCCGGAGACCAGCAGGGAGGACCGGGCUCCGGCUCCGGCGGCCGCAGCGGCUGCGGCGGCGGCAGCGGCUGCGGCGGCGGCCGCGGCAGCUCUAGCGGCNGCGGCGGCGGCGGGGGGCGGUGGCCGGAGUCCGGAGAGCCCCCUGCCUCCGGGGACUCCGAACGUGCUAUUCCUUCAGAGCGGCGGGGCCGGGGAGGAGGCCCCCGCCGGGCCGUUGCCGGGCAAAGCUGGGGGCACGGUGCGGAGGAGGAGGAGAGGGGCGCCCCUGCUUGCGGCCAACGGGGUUCCCCCGGCCCCCGGGGCGGGCAGCGGCGCUAACUCCUUGCUCCUCCGGAGAGGGCGGCUGAAGAGGAAUCUGUCCGCCGCCGCCACCUCUUCCUCCUCCUCCUCCUCCUCUUCUUCCUCGGCUGCCGCCGCCGCCACCCACUCCUCCAGCGCCGCCAGCCUGGCCGCCUCUUGCUCGGCCUCAGCGUCGCUGUGCACCCGGAGCCUGGACAGGAAGACGCUGCUGUUGAAGCAUCGACAGAUGAUGCAGCUGCAGCCGUCCGACCGGGACUGGGUGAGGCACCAACUGCAGCGGGGCUGCGUUCACGUCUUCGACCGACACAUGGCCUCGACUUACCUGCGCCCGGUGCUCUGCACGCUGGACACCACGGCAGGCGAGGUGGCGGCCCGUCUGCUGCAGCUGGGGCACAAAGGCGGAGGCGGCGGCGGCGUGGUGAUGAAGGUUCUGGGCAAGGGGCCCUCGCCUUCAGCCCAGCUCCAGCCGCAACCGGGGCCCGGGCAGCGCUGGGUGGGACCUGCUCUGGACGCCCCGGUGGCGGGUCAUGGGGGCGAUCCCUCCGGCAUUUGCGGGGGGCUAGUGGCCCGAGGCCCGGACACCAUCAGCUCUGGGCUCGGGUUGACAGCACCUGAAGAUGGGCCAGGGGAGCAGCAGACGAGGAAAAAUGGGCUGGGGGAGCCGGGGGAGCCUGCCGUCGGUGGGAAACCGCGCACGCCCCCGGGGGAUCUACAGCUCCGGAGCGGUACGGGGAGAUUUGUGGGAUGUCUGACCCACACCAGCCCCGCUUCGGACUUCAGCCCCAGCGAUCUGUACGCUGGGGUCCCCGGCUCCCUGUUGGGUGACCUGCGGCCGGUGGACGGCGUGGUAGGAGGCCCGGCCUCGGACACCGAGAGUUUUAGCCUGAGCCCCAGCGCAGAGAGCGUGUCCGACCGGCUGGACCCCUACAGCAGCGGCGGCGGCGGCGGCAGCGGCAGCUCCUCUUCUUCCGAGGAGCUGGAGGCCGAUUCUGUCCCAGUCCCUGCCCUUGCUUCUGCUCCUACUCCAGCCCCCCCGGCCCCUGCCCCGGCACUGACGGAGGGGUCGGGCCUUGUCCAUCAACCUGGCGGCUCAGCUUCGCCUCGGGCCGGCGGGCCGGAAUCAGAGAACCCCGGCGAUUUCCCGCCACUACAUCCUUCACUUGCUGCCCCGGCCCAGUCGCCACCGAAAUCCCCGAAGGGGGUGGACAGCCGGGAUGGGGUCUCCCAGGAUGGGCCUCUGGAGAAGGCGACUGCAGGAGGAAUUAGUGGAGAGGGAAAGCUGUCGCCGCCUGGGCACGGAGGAGCAGCGGAUAAAACCGCCCCGAUGCCCACCCUAUAUGUGCAGUUUCACGGAGAGACUACCCGUCGACUGGAGGCACACGAGAAGCCACUGCAGAUUCAAAAUGACUACCUCUUCCAACUGGGAUUUAGGGAGCUGUGGAGGGUGCAGGAGGAGGGCAUGGAUUCGGAGAUUGGGUGCCUCAUCCGCUUCUAUGCAGGAAAGCCUCACAGCACUGGUAGCUCCGAACGGAUUCAGCUCUCAGGAAUGUACAAUGUGCGAAAAGGGAAAAUGCAGCUACCAGUGAACCGAUGGACAAGACGCCAAGUUAUCCUGUGUGGAACAUGCCUGAUUGUGUCAUCCGUGAAAGACAGCUUGACUGGAAAGAUGCAUGUUCUCCCACUAAUCGGUGGAAAAGUUGAAGAAGUAAAGAAGCACCAGCACUGUUUGGCCUUCAGUUCUUCUGGACCUCAAAGCCAGACCUAUUACAUUUGUUUUGAUACUUUUACAGAAUACUUAAGGUGGCUUCGACAAGUAUCCAAGGUUGCUUCACAGCGUAUCAGCUCAGUGGACCUUUCAUGCUGUAGCCUGGAACAUCUGCCUGCCAACCUCUUCUAUAGCCAAGACCUCACUCAUCUCAAUUUAAAGCAAAACUUCCUAAGGCAAAAUCCCAGUUCACCAUCUAGCAGAGGACUUGGUGAACUCAAAAGGUUUACCAAGUUGAAGAGCCUUAAUCUUUCCAAUAACCAUCUCGGAGAUUUCCCUCUGGCAGUAUGCAAUAUCCCAACCUUGACAGAGCUGAACAUGUCAUGCAAUGCCCUCAGAACUGUUCCAGCAGCAGCAGGAGAUAUGCACAACUUGCAGACAUUUUUGUUGGAUGGUAACUAUCUUCAGUCCCUUCCUGCUGAGUUGGAGAAUAUGCAGCAGCUCAGUUACCUAGGACUCUCCUUCAAUGAAUUUACAGACAUUCCAAAGGUUUUGGAGAAACUGACUGCUGUGGAUAAACUUUGUAUGUCUGGAAACUGUAUGGAAACCCUCAACCUGCAGACUUUAAGAAAAAUGCCACACAUUAAGCAUGUGGAUUUAAGAUUGAAUGUCAUUAGGAAACUGGUGGUGCAGGAGGUGGACUUCCUUCCCCAUGUCACUCAACUAGACCUUCGAGACAAUAAACUUGAAGAUCUGGAUUCGACUGUUUUCAACAAUAUUGAAGUCCUGCAUUGUGAAAGGAACCAGUUGGUGACACUGAAUGUUUGUGGCUAUUUGCUAAAAGCAUUAUAUGCCUCUUCAAAUGAACUUGUGCAACUUGAUGUUUACCCAGUUCCAAAUCAUCUGACAUUCAUGGAUGUUUCUAGAAACCAUCUAGAAAGUGUACCCGAGUGGAUAUGUGAGAGUCGCAAGCUAGAAGUGUUGGACAUCGGUCAUAACCAGAUCCGUGAACUCCCUGCACGCUUGUUUUAUAAUAGUAGUCUUCGUAAACUGCUGGUAGGGCAUAACCAGCUAACCAGGCUCCCAGAAAGACUAGAAAGAACCCAAGUAGAGGUCCUGGAUGUUCAGCACAACCAGCUUAUUGAGCUACCACCUAAUCUCCUGAUGAAGGCUGACAGCUUGAGGUUCCUGAAUGCAUCUGCCAACAAGCUGGAAACUAUUCCUCCAGCCACACUUUCAGAAGAGACAAGCAGCAUCUUGCAGGAGUUGUAUUUGACUAACAACCACCUCACUGACAAGUGUGUGCCCUUGUUAAUAGGACACCCUCACUUGAAGAUUCUACAUAUGGCCUAUAAUCGGCUUCAGAGCUUUCCAGCAAGUAAAAUGGCCAAACUAGAGGAGCUGGAGGAAAUCGAUAUCAGUGGGAACAAACUGAAAGCCAUUCCAACUACCAUCAUGAACUGCCGGAGGAUGCACACUGUAAUUGCUCACUCAAAUUGUAUUGAGGUCUUCCCUGAAGUCAUGCAGCUAACAGAAAUCAAGUGUGUGGACCUGAGCUGUAAUGAGCUGAGUGAAGUCACGUUACCCGAAAACCUGCCUUCAAAGUUACAAGAACUAGACCUGACUGGAAACCCUCGACUUGCCCUGGAUCACAAAACCCUGGAGCUGUUGAAUAAUAUCCGAUGUUUUAAGAUAGAUCAGCCUUCUGCCGGUGAUGCUUCAGGAGCCCCAGCUGUAUGGAGCCAUGGCUACACGGAAGCCUCCGGUGUAAAGAAUAAGUUGUGUGUUGCAGCCCUGUCAGCAAAUAACUUUUGUGACAACCGAGAAGCUUUAUAUGGAGUCUUUGAUGGUGACCGCAAUGUCGAGGUGCCAUACCUCCUUCAGUGCACCAUGAGUGACAUUCUGGCAGAAGAGCUACAGAAAACAAAAAAUGAAGAAGAGUAUAUGGUCAACACCUUCAUCGUCAUGCAGAGGAAACUGGGAACUGCUGGUCAAAAACUCGGAGGUUCAGCUGUCCUGUGUCAUAUAAAACAUGAUCCUAUGGACCCAGGAGGAUAUUUCACCCUGACCUCCGCGAACGUGGGCAAGUGCCAAACAGUUCUGUGCCGGAAUGGGAAGCCUCUGCCUCUGUCGAAGUCGUACAUCAUGAGCUGUGAGGAGGAGCUGAAGAGAAUCAAGCAGCACAAAGCCAUCAUCACCGAGGAUGGCAAGGUGAAUGGAGUGACCGAGUCCACCCGGAUUUUGGGCUACACCUUCCUGCACCCCAGUGUGGUUCCCCGUCCCCACGUGCAGUCGGUGACGCUGACCCCGCAGGACGAGUUCUUCAUCUUGGGCAGCAAAGGGCUGUGGGACAGCCUGUCCAUUGAAGAGGCGGUGGAGGCCGUGCGGAACGUGCCGGACGCCCUGGCGGCAGCCAAGAAGCUGUGCACCCUGGCCCAGAGCUACGGCUGCAACGACAGCAUCAGCGCCGUGGUGGUGCAGCUCAAUGUCACGGAGGACAGCUUCUGCUGCUGCGAGCUGGGCGCGGGCGGCGUGCCCCCACCCAGCCCCGGCAUCUUCCCUCCCUCCGUCAACGUGGUGAUCAAGGACCGGCCCCCCGACGGGCUCGGGGUGCCCUCGUCCAGCAGCGGCAUGGCCUCUGAGAUCAGCAGCGAGAUCUCCACGUCCGAGAUGAGCAGUGAGGUGGGCUCCACAGCCUCGGACGAGCCCCCGCCGGGGGCGCUGAGCGAGAGCGGCCCCGGCUACCCCGGCGAGCAGCGCUGCAUGCUGCACCCCGUGUGCCUGUCGAGCGCCUUCCAGCGCCAGCUCUCUAGCGCCACCUUCUCCAGUGCCUUCUCUGACAACGGCCUCGACAGUGACGACGAGGAGCCCAUCGAGGGCGUCUUCACCAACGGCAGCAGGGUGGAGGUGGAGGUGGACAUUCACUGUGGCCAGGCCAAGGAGAAAGAGAGGCAGCGGCAGCAGCCGCUCCAGGCGCCGGCCGAGGCCAGCGACGAAGGCAUCGUGAUCAGUGCCAACGAGGACGAGGUGGGCCCGCCCAGGAAGCCCGACUUCUCGGCCACCGGGACCAUCGGGCGCAGGAGGGGCAACGGCUCCGUGGCGCCCCUGGAGCGGAGCCACAACGUGAUCGAGGUGGCUGCAGACGCGCCCCUCCGCAAGACAGGCGGCUACUUCGCCGCCCCCGCCCAGCCUGACCCAGACGAUCAGUUCAUCAUCCCUCCGGAGCUGGAAGAGGAGGUCAAAGAAAUCAUGAAGCACCACCAGGAGCAGCAGCAGCAGCAGCAGCAGCAGCAGCAGCAGCAGCACCAACAACAGCAGCAGCAACAGCAGCAGCAGCAGCAGCAGCAGCAGCAGCAGCAGCAGCACAGGCAGUAUCAGAUGGACCAGCUGCCAGACUAUUAUGAUACACCACUAUGACCCAGUGCAAGUACUGUUAAAAAAAUAAUAAUAAUAAACUAACCAGAAAAGACUGAAUUGCAAGAGUCUCCCAGGCUCACAUUAAACCAGGGGUUCUACUCCACUCUCCUCCCUUCCUCUCUCCCCAACUCCCCAGUUUGCCUUUGCAGCUAAUCUGUAGGUUCUCUCCUUUGCUAUUUUUUAAUAAUCACCAUGUUUCUUCUAGUGACACUUUACCAAUAUGAUUUUAAUUGGUUAACUCUUCCUUUCCCCGCUCCCUUAAAAUAUCAGAAGUGUAAAGACAAAGAACAAAAGGUUUAAUAUAUUGCAGAGAAACAUAAUGAUGAUGUAAUAUUUUUUAAAAAUGGCUUUUUUGUUGUUGUUGUUUGUUUGUUUGGAAGACAGGGCAGACUGCCAGUGCUCAAUGAUUCAGUAAUAUUGUAAUACUGUAUUUCUUUGGGGGGGAG